GUCACCACUCACACAAAAAGUUUCAUCCUUGCCGUACUGUCAGUAUCAGCUAAGUUCGACAAUAUUUUUGUCAAAUUUGUUUUCCAUUCAACUGUACGUCCAGUGCGUUGACGCAAUAGCACAAUAAAUCUCUAAAAUUUGUAUUAUCCGAUAAUCGUCGUGCAAUGGCAGCCUGUACACCACAGGGACCACAACUGCUAAAUGGCUUUAAAGUAGCUUCGAAAAUCGAUACCGGCAUCGGAAGACAACUACCCGAAGCAUAUCGAAAAUUCUACCUGGAAUGGCGAAAGACCGCACCGACACCGGUUCACUACAUACCGAAGGAGGGAAAAUGGGAACGAGACCAGAAUGGCAUCACGAAGCCGGUUCAAAAUGUGCCUAUACCAGUGUUCUAUCCGACAAACAGUCACUACGGCAUCUGGGGCGGAGAAGGUGUGGUGAAAGGGUUCCAGAAACGACAGCCGACCAAAAAGAGAGUUCCGCAUUAUUGGGUGCCGGCGCUGCGUAGAACCGUUUUGCGAAGUGUCAUUUUAAAUAAGAAUUUCUCAACGGUUGUCACAACACGAACGAUGGAUUUGGUGCAUGAAAAUCAUGGCUUUGACCAUUAUCUGCUGAAGACGCCCGCAUGCGAUCUUAACUCCGGUCUAGCGUUCCAAAUUAAGCGAGAUAUGCUGAAAGCGUUGCAGGAUAAUUGCCCCGAUGUGGAUGCGAAAGCAAGGCCGGAUAUUCUGAGCGAAUAUUCGAAAUAUGCGGAACAGUAUACGCCCGAAGAGAUUGAAUGGUAUGGCUACACAUUUGAACAGGCUGUGAAGAAGUUCAACAGACAAAAGUCCAACGAAAGGGAGGCCCAGAAGAUCCCGUACAAAAUCAUAUUCAGGCAAAGACUGAUCGAACAGCUGAAAGAAGCUGGCAUUGCCGAAGCGCAAGACGGAUCCAGUGCAGAUAGUAAACAGAUCGGAGAAACGUCGUCGUGGCUGUCGAAAAUGAAUCCAUUUGGCAAACGGCCGGAAACAUAGGAAACCAACGUAACAUCCAUCUCAUCCAUAUAAUGUAGACAAGCGAACCGCAGAAAGUAGUUGAAUUAAAGAAAUUGCCGCAAUCGAGUCGGUACAACCAU